GUCAAUAACAUUGACAGGUUUUUAAGAUGUAGGAGACAUUUGUUUAAUUCGAAUUACAUAUUUAGUGGCCAAUGAAAAGUAGUUUUAGAUUGCUUGAUAUACUAGGGAGUGCUCAUGGCAAAAGUAAUAAGACGUUGUUCACCAUUUUCUGAAGAAGAAAGUUCUAUUUUGUUUGAUAUUCUAAGAAAACAUCUUAACCUGGUUGAACCAGAGAAUUUCGAUAUUUUGUCUAUUGCAAUACGAUCUAACACAUGGCAGUCGGUGUGUGAGGAAUUUAACUCCCAUAGUGCUGUCAAACAACGAAGCCAAAUACAGUUGAAACGAUUUUGGGAAAAUCGUAAAGCUAAGAUAAAGAGAAGUCUGCAGAAGCUUCUAACUGCCAACAAUGAACUUGGAAAAUCUGAAUCACCACAUAUAGAUAACCAAUUGUUUGAGUACUCUACAUCCUCACUGAGAUCAACAGCAACACCUGUUGGUGCAUCAUUAUUUAGUUAUCCUGCCAUAAAGAGCAAUCUUACUUUUCCAAAUCCUGAAGUUACUCCACAUUUCAUAGAAUCUGCCUCCUACACAGUGUAUCAGGGCGAAGGGAGGAGCAUCACUGACUCUCCAGGCACCGGCGAUCCUUAUAAGAACUCUGUGGUGCAUCCUUCGGAGGAUUUAAGUGGGUCUCAUCUGCUGAAAUUUGAACGCCCACCCACUUACGCCGAAAUCAACGACAGAGGAGGAAGGAAUAGUAUGCUGGAGCCUGAAAGUGCAGAUUCUGAUGGAGACAUGGAUAACGGUGACACAGAAGGUGCCAGAAGUAAAGCAGAGACUGCAGCACGACUAGCUCGUCUCCGUCGUCGAGAAAGGCAAGAAGAAGAGCUGCAUGCUUACCGUCUGCGUGAAGCAGCAGCACGUGCAGCUGCAGCAGAGGCAGAGAGACGUGCUGCUGAGGAUGCUGAAACAUGGGCUGCAGAAGAGCGAGCACGAGCUGCGCAGAGAGAUGCUGAACUACACCGACUCAAUGUGGAACGCUUGCAGCUGGAGCUGGAUCUACUGCGUGCAGAGCAUCGGGCUCGACACUAGCUCUGAACAAACGAAUGUAAAGGGAUGAUAUGAAAUUCAUAUUGUCUACCAUGUGUUAGUGUUUUUGGGCACAUACACAGUAUUGAUUUUGAAAAUCAUGUGUAUCUUAAUGUGCUGAAAAAGUUUGUCAUGACAAGAUCAUCAAUUUAAUACUACCAAGGAGCAUAAAUACUUGCCUUUUAGGCAGGCAUGUAAGACUCCCUCAGGUGCAGUUGUCAGUAUGUGUGAUGUGAGUAUGAACUGAAAGGAAAUCCACUGAAAAUACAGUCACUGGCAGUGUUGAGUUUACAGGUUUAUAGUGAUGUGUGGGUUACAGUGAAAAGCGAUUCAUUUUGAAGGUAUUUCAGAAGUAAUAAUUUGAAUGAGUAGUACACUGUUGCCAUGAUAAUGAGAAAUUGUGAUGCAAUAAAAUGACACCGUACUAGUGUGAUUUGUGUGAGGCAUUUCCUGUUUUUGUGAAGAAGUCUCAGUUUAUGCAGUAUUAUAUACAGAAAAAACAAUGUUUCAUAAAUUAUAUGUGAGAAGGCAAGCAGUAAUCAGAAGAAAGCUUCUUUUCCAACCAACACCAUUGAGUCCUGUGGGCUGCAAUUAAGCCUCUGUGAAAGUCUAUCUGUUGAUGUACCUAUGAAGCAAGUAGGAAGAGAAGUUGAAGUAACUACAGAAUGACAAAUGACCAUCAUGGAAAUACCAAUUUGUUUGUUGAGGAGUGAUGAAGUAAAUCAUGACUUAAUUAAUUAGAUUAUUGGCUAUAAGGUUAUAAGAUUAUUGACACUUUGUUCUUUUGUCUGAUUCAUCUAAUGUUGUACAGAAUUAUCAGAUGUUGCUUAAUUUUUUCUUGAAAUAUGGAAGCUGAGAAAGUUUUUGUUCUGUAUGACUCUGGAUAAACAUCUAAAUGUGAAGAACAAAUUUUUAUGAAACUUCAGUGUCCUCUUGAAUGUUUUAUUUAUGUAAUCAACAGGUUUAAAUUAGUUGACAGAUGUAGGAAAGUUCUUGACUGUAUUCUGCAGUGUCACCAGAGUAAUGCAUGUCUUUACACACAUUUGCACAACUUUUAUGAGAUGAGAUGAAAUGAAAUGAAGAUGGUUUGAGUGUGCUACAGUGUGACAUUGUUCAGGAUAUGUAAUGAGUUAAACAUGAAAACUGGAUUAGAUUGUUCUUCGUCACGGAACGUUAAGUUUGUAAGGACCUGUGAAUCCAUUGUGUGUGCAGCUGCAAAUGUGAAUUAGAGUAAGGUUGAGUUGAGGUAGCAUGCAUUUUCCUAUACCUUUUUUUGUAUAGUAGUCUGAUUUUCUUUACUUCAGUUCAGCUGUAGUGGUAAUUAAUUUCUGUAUAUUAAAAAUAGAACUGAAGAUGUGUGAAACUUGAAAAAACUCUUUCUCCAUCAUCUGAAUGAGGCAAAUAGUUUGUGCUCGGUACAGUUAGCACCUCAACAAAAUAAUGAAGUCAUAUGUUGCUUCAUUUACAGUGUAGAAAUUGUAAAGAAACUGAAUAUUUUCUGAAUAAUUAGUGUAAGAUAAUUGUGUUAUAUGAAGCAGUGUUAUAAAGUAUAAACACAUAUUAUAUCAUCAUAUUACUGCUAAUGAUUUUUUUCCCAGUUGUAUGCAUAUGCAAAAGAGAAAAAUUACUUUGGGAUUGUGUAUUUCAUAUUAGUGUUUCAUAGGCAUUAUCAUAAUUUAUAUCCUUUAUCAUUUUAAAUUUAUUUAUAUCACCAUCAUUGCUAAAUGUGUAAUCUCUACAUAAUAAUAUUAAAAGAAGUAGCCCUUUAUGACGUAGUUAAGAAAGAAAAGUACGUUUAAACAUUGGUAGGACAGAAUACUUGUAGUGCUCAUAGGGAGGAAUUAUGUGUGUUACUUGUACUCUUAUGGUCAUUAUAUUACAUGAUCAGAAUUGAUAGACUGUACUGUAAUAUUUGAUUAGCCCAGGAAAUAUGAUCCCAGUAGAUUCAGUGAUGGUUUUGGAAAUAUGUUCCAAAUGUUAAACUUUCAGGAAUUGAAACACUUUCAAGAACCGUAGACAGCUAUGUGGAAAUAAAAAUAGUCUUAAGACUAGAAAGUAAGUGCCUAGCUCCUGGAAACAUGGUUCAAAAGAGGCAUACUAUGUACAACAAGAGACUGCAAUGAAAACCAUGACAAAUCUUAUUUUAUUUUGUAUAGACCAGUUUCCUUAUUUGUCAUUCAAGCAUGACAGGUACAUUGCAUGCAAGGAAACAUAUAGCUAAGAAAUACACAGACUGCCAGGCAGGAUAUUUGUAUUUGUGUUAAAAAGUAUGUGUGAUUAGCAUAGACAAACUGUACCUUUGUUUCUAUUUGUAGAUGAACUAUGUAUGUUUGUGUAGCGUGCACCCCUCUCCCUAUCGGAAGAAAGUGUGUUUGUUGUUAGUGGCUCCUUUAGGUUGCCAUCAAUAUAUAGCUGCUGCUAGAUAAUAUAAUGGAUAAAAGCCUUAACUAUGUGAAUACAGUGACACUAGAAACAAAAUUGAAUUUUUUUGCAAGUUUGAAUGCUGGCAUAUUUGUUUUCUGUCUGUCUCUCUACUUUUCUGGAAACAUUAGACCAACAAAGUGCCUUCCAUAGUUACUCUGUUUCUGAUAUGUGUAGAAGAGCAUUUGAGUGGACUUAAUAUUGUUGUCAUUAAAGUUAGGGUAACAUGUGAAAGGGUAAUUCAGCGGUUUGUUCAAAUAUCUCUUUGUUUUUUUGUAUCUCUUGGCUUUCUUUUCCACUUACUUGUUCAUGGUUCCUAUAUUUUAUUGUUCUUGCCAACAAAAAAUCUACAUGUACAUAUCAUUUGUAUCUAGUGAAAAUCUUGCCAGUCAUUUACAGUAGAUAUUUCAAAGUGAAAAGAAUGCCCACAUUUUUAAAGUCUUUACUGUUAUUUUGUUUUGAAUACCCAUGCAUUUAAUACAAGAAUUAAAUGGUUUUCUGAAGAACUUUUUAUACAUAAAAUUUUAAAAUAGUUUAAACAAAAGGAAUGGAAAACAGUAUAAUUUUAACAGCCUUUUUUAUUAACUGAAAUAAUUCAAGGAAUGAGGAAAAAUUUGCACUGUGUUCAAAAUUAAGUGUUCUUACAUAAGAAAGAAACAAGUGAAGAGACACAGAUACUGCACAAUUGUGAUAAAAAGUUCUAAAUUUUAAAGUGAACUGAUUCGACAAAAUAUUACUGCAGUGUAGCACAUGCAGUGAGGCUUUUGGGCAUUGAGUGUAAAGUGCAAGUAGUUCUUAGUCUUCACUCACUUGUUCUCCUCGUAAUGGCUGUUGUUUGCAACCCCCCUUCUCCCAAUUAACCUUUUAAAAUGCAGUGGUUUUAUAUUCCACAGAUUUUUCAUUUAUGCUACUUGGUGUGAAAGCAAUCAGUUCAAAGGACCUUAAAUUUUCUGUGAAGUGUGAUUAACUAUAGUUUUUGUUUCAUACUUUGUGUUUUAGAAAUUACAGUUAUAACGUUAAGUCAAGAGGACACAGUACCUGGAUAUUUGCCCCUCCGCCUUUUGUUUGAAAAAAAAAAAAAAAUUAAUUUCUGGUUGAAAGUAUUCAGGGAAGAUAUUAGACUACUACAUUGUCUAACAUGGCUUUGUGAGUACCUUGUCACUUGGUUUUCACAUUGCUGUAUGCUUCUUUUUUCCCAUGCUGUUGUAUAUGUAAUGUCAUCAAUAAAAUUUAUCCUUUAAAUUAGUGCUGAAUACCAAUAUACCCCAUUCUGUCCAACUUCCAUUUAUUCAUAGUCAUAAGGUGCAUAGUAUUCUUUCAAAGAACAGUUAUUUUCAGUUGUCCUGUCUUCAAUUCAUCAUUGCUCCUUUCUAUGACCCUUGCAAGUUGAUCAUAUACUGUGAAUCAAAGGUGUUCAUGUCAGCCAUCCAAUGCUGUUGACCUUGUAAUAGUUUGCUUUUGUAGUUGACAUCUUUGUCAAUAUGAAAAUGUUGCAUGCAACUAAAGAUAAAUAAAGUUUGAGAAAUAUUUGACAGUAUCUGGAAGAGCAUUUCUUUGCAAUUUGUUGAAGUCUGUCACUGUUCUCUACAAAAUGUUCUGUUUCAGUGUAUUGUGACAUCUUGCCUUUAAGUUCAUACAGACCUGUAUACUAUUACUUCUUGUAUCAUUACGAUCUGUGAUACACGGAGCAAGAAAGUCAGUUUUCAGUUUUUUUACGAGGCACUACUUCCAGAUAUUUUAUCACAAAAUGUAAACUUCAUGAAGAAUAUUUUUAUUUUUGUGCUUUCUCCUUUUGAAAGUUUUGUGUGUUGUGCUUGGAUCAUUCUCUAAUUGUUUUUCUUGUCUUUCAUUGGCAUGAAGUUAUUCAAAAUGUUUUAAAUGUCAACCUAGUUCAGCCACAUGCUACUGUGCUACUGCCCGUGACGUCACUGGUGCAUAAUCCAUUGCCAUGGAAGGCACUAUUUUCAUUGUAUAUCCACAGUGCCCUCUUUAAACAUGUGAAGGUUGAGUCCUAUGCUGUUUUUAGCUACAGGCUGGAGACUAUGAAUUUGUUCAUUCAUUUGUUUUAGUUUUCUUAACUCACCAUCAAGUGUGUCUGAACUUUGUAGGGUGCACAUCCUUUGUUAUAGAAGUCUUCACUGCAGCUGCAUUUCCAUAUUUAAACACAAAUUUAACCACAAUAUUACUAUGUCAUUCAGGUGUCACUCACAAAACCUUAUCAGUAUUAUCAGUUCACUAGAGGUCUAUAUUUACAUGAUUAGCCAUCCUUUGUUGUUCCCAUCUAGUUAUUAGCAAAUAUUUCGUAAGACACUUUGUGUGUGUGUGUGUGUGUGUGUGUGUGUGUGUGUGUGUGUGUGUGUGUGUGUGUGUGUGUGUAGAGAGAGAGAGAGAGAGAGAGAGAGAGAGAGAGAGAGAGAGAGAUUCUACCGCCAUUUUAUUACAGUUGAAAUUCAAAAUGCAUGUACAGUGUUCUUGUUUAAACAAUCUAGAAAAGUCAUUGAUGUACUUCUGAAGUAUCAAAUUUGUCUUCCCAUGUACUUGAAUUCUAUUGAAUAAAAGGGAUGUUUCUUAGGUUAGUUUAAAUUUAAAACUCUUGCUUGGAUGAAAUUUUACAAUAUGGAAUGAAUACUUACAGAAGAGAAGAAAGAGAAAUAGGACUACUGUGUGUCUGUGAAACAGAACUUGAUCUUCAGUCAGUGCCAUUUGCAGAGUAUCAAGUCAGGUAUAAAUGCAAUAAAGUUCAGUCUCAGUGGUUUUUCAAAACGUCAAAGAUCCACACUUGUGUUCAGUGUUGCAGAGCCUUACAUUUUUGUAACCUCAUAUAGCAUUGUUCCCAGAAAAGUACAAAUGUUAAAAAUAUGCUGUAGUAUCAUUACAUGUUCUUUAGUAUUACUCAUAACCUAUUUUUAAAGCAUAUAGUUGUCCCAUACUUCUUGGAUAUUUUUAUAUUGUAUAUUUGGGACUUUGCUAAACUCUUCCUUAGAGCAAUGGAAUUUUGCAUUGGAAGCAGGUGCAUGUCAUUCCAUUAUGACUCAAUAGUUGUAUAAGCAUUGUCAUGUAAUAAUGGUGACAGAAUGUGUGUAUUUAUUGCAGAAGAGACAGAAUCAAGUUAUUAGUUAUUUUCUCCUUACAGUAGUUCUGUCUUCUGAACAGUAGUGAUAUACUGUAUGUGGUUUUUCAUUGUUAAACAUUGUUUUGUAUUUAAAAAUUCUGUGCUUCUCACCUCUGUUAACUAUUGGUCAGAUUGAAUAGAUUUGUUCCAUUAUCAGACUUUUGAUUUAGGUAAGAUAUCAACAUUAUCAGUGCAUUCUUGUGGCCCUGUGAAACUGUCACUGCUAGAAUAUCCAAAAUCAACAAAUUUAAAAAUAUAAAGUGCAAUUCAUACAUUUAGUUGGGUGAGUUCUGCAUUAUUUUAUCGAUUUUAAAAGCAGAUUCCAACUGAAUGACUUAAUGCAUUGAAAACUGAUUCAUAACCAUGUAAAAACUGUAGGUUAUAUUUGUUUUUGUUCCAGACUGUGUUUUACGUCAGUUAACAUUCUUAUAGUAAUGUCUCAGAGUGUCUACCUGUCAAAAUACACAUGAAUAUCAUGGGAGCAGUGACAGGGAUGAAUUAUCAGAAGCUGAAAGAAAAGUUAAUGAGCUUUUGUAAAUAAGUGGAAUAUAAAUAAAUUUGUAUCAUGUAACAGAGUUAAAUACAUUCAGGUAGAACACGUGGAAAACAUGAAACGAAUAGCAUUUAGUCAAUUCGAAAUGUAUUUGGUCAUUAUUUUAUGUUUAUAACAAAUUAGUACAGAAAACCAUGAUGACAGAGAAAUGGAAAUCAGGAAAGUCAGAAACCUUAGAAAUUUGUUUGAAAAUUAUACUAACAAUUUUAUGGAAAUAGUGUGAAUGAUAAGCUUUGGCAGUAUAACAAGAGUCUAGUAAGAUGAAGAAUGAUUCAUGUAAUAUGCAUCAUGGAAGCUGCACUUCAAGGAGAAGUAGGGGUGUAAUCAUCGUGGAAAAAAUGCUAGGAACAAAGAGUAAUUUUGCACUUACAGAAUGGGAGUUGAAGAUGUAAUACCUUUUAAAUCUGACACUGCAAUGGAAAAGCACAUAACUAGUAAAACAAUCGGUGAUAAUGAUUUAGGAAGUUUCUUAUGUGAGUAUUUCUGCUGUAUACUCCGAAAACUAAAUGCUAAAAUGAGCUUCAGUAUUAAACCUUAUAUUGCUGUAGCAAGACCAAAUAGUAAAUUUUACUUAUUGGAACAGAUGCACAGAUUAUAUUAUUGAUGCAAAAAGUGCUUUAGUAGUAGUCAUUUGUUCAUGUGUAAAUAUUGUUCCAGCUCAAUUUUAAAUGAAACUUCCUGGCAGAUUAAAACUGUGUGCCGGACCGAGACUUGAACUCGGAACCCAAGUUCGAGUCUUGGUCUGGCACACAGUUUUAAUCUGCCAGGAAGUUCCAUAUCAGCGUACACUCCGCUGCAGAGUGAAAAUCUCAUUCUCAAUUUUAAAUAAUGGAAUUACAGUACAUUUACAUUAUUUUCAGAGUAUGGCCACAUAUUAGACUAACAUUGGAGAAGUUUGAAAAUUAAUGUUUAAUACUUGGUUCAUAUUUUAUUCCAUUGAUUUGUUUUAUACUUUAUAUGUGAAUCAUUAACAAGUUCUAUGCACAGUUAGUGAGAAGAUCAAUAGAGAAUGAGGUAGUGUGACUGGAUAGCAUGUAUGAUGUUAUUGCUUAUUGCAUGCAUUUAUAUUGAGUAGAUGUGCUGGAUUUUCAGUGGAGCAUAACCACAUGAAUGGGCCCAAGGCCAACACUGGAGCAACCUGUGUGCAUAUUGGCAAUUCUUCCCCGGCAUGUGGACAAUAAUCAGUGUGAACGGUUGGGAUUCUCAGUUUUAUUUUGUAGAAUGAAUUAUACAGCCAUAGGUACAACAAUUAAACACAGAAAUGUACAAGCACAGUGAUUUUAAAAAUGUUAAUCUCUAAGAAAUAUGUUUCUUUUAGGUAAGAUACUUUAAAAUGGUAACUUUUUUUGCAGUGGAAGUAUUAACUCUUUUAUUUAAGCUUUUGAGUACAUUUAGUUAGAAAGUAAUGUUAGAUGAUUCUAAAGUCAACUUAUAACAUUGUAGUUUGCUUGAGAACGAUCCUAUUUUAUAAUGCAUAGGUUGAUGUAGAUAGCAUGACAUACUCAUUUACAGUACUUUCAUCUUUGCUACCUUGAUCCAAAUUUCUACAAAAAAAACCUGACAUUUUCUAACUUCUCAUCCUUCAAUUUUUGAUAAUAACAGAGUAUGUAAGCAGUAACAGUAAUGCAACAGAAACAAAAGACCAUUACGCACUUAACUCUAAGCUGUUUUUGCUACAAAAAAUUUAGUUUAAUGGAAUUUGUGGACCUAUUUCCUGCAACCAUUUGAGUUCUGACUAUGUUUUUCCAUAGAGAUAACUUUGAUGCUGCUAUAUGACCUUUGUAACAUACUCGGGAACUGUAAAAUAUGGAUAAGCUGAUUGAGCCACUGACAUAUUGUACUGCAUAUUCUUGUGAAAAAUGUCACUGUACUCUGUAUGAGAAUACAAACAAAUAUGAAAAUAUUAACUCAAAGCAAGAAAAUAUGAACACCAAACUACAGAUGACUGUGGUACAAAGUUGGACAUGGCUCCCUAGCGUAACCAUUAAUUUAAAAUUCAUAAUUUAUGGCAGCUGUUUCUAAGAAAAACCUUAUUUAUGUUAAUACACAGUUACUUUGGACGAUGACAGCUAAUAAGAGACAAACAAUAACAGCUGUAUGCACAAUAUAAGUCGGCACGUUUGCAGGGGAUGCUGGGAGUUUCAGCAUGUGAUUGCCACCUAGCACAGGGGUGCUGCAGGAGAUGAGAGA